CCCUUUGUUUUUCUUUAUAUGUGAUUCACUUCGUCAUUGUUUAUUUUUCCAUGGAGGCUACGCUACUCAGAAUCCCCUUUUCUCCUGCCAUCUCCGCUACAUCUUUGUCUAAAUCUUGUAGACCGAUCACUCCAUUUCGUCCUCCAAUGUGGAAGAACUGGAACUUGCAGAUACCCAAUUCAGGGGUUUCGAAGAAUGGUGUUCAAUCCGUUCAAGCAUCCGCGACUUCAUUUGGAUCAAAGAAUGAAACACGAGUAGACGAGAGUGAAAUCUAUACUCUUGAUGGUAUAAGAAGUUCUUUAAUUCGACAAGAAGACAGCAUUAUAUUUAGCCUUGUAGAAAGAGCUCAAUUUUGCUACAACGAGGAUACAUAUGACCCUAAUGCUUUCUUCAUGGAUGGCUUCAAAGGUUCUUUAGUCGAGUUCAUGGUCAAAGAAACCGAAAAAGUCCAUGCUCAGGUUGGAAGAUACAAGAGCCCUGAUGAACACCCGUUUUUCCCAAAAGACUUACCUGACCCUAUGUUGCCCCCAUUGGAAUACCCACAGGUGUUGCAUCCUUGUGCUCAAGAUAUUAAUAUUAACCUCAAAAUAUGGGAUAUAUACUUCAAAGAUCUUCUCCCUAGGCUUGUAAAGGAAGGAAAUGAUGGUAAUUGUGGAUCAGCAGCAACCUGUGACUCCACCUGCUUGCAGGCCCUGUCUAAACGAAUUCACUAUGGGAAAUUCGUAGCGGAAGCAAAAUUCCGAGCUUCACCUUCUGAUUAUGAAGCUGCGAUUAAUUCGCAAGAUAAGAAAAAGCUGAUGGAUUUAUUGACGUAUCCGGCUGUGGAAGAAGCAAUCAAGAAACGGGUGGAAACAAAAGCGAAGACUUUUGGGCAAGUGGUGACUGUUGGGUUUGGGGAAGAUGCGAUUGAGCCUGUGUAUAAAAUAGAACCCAGUUUGGUUGCGGAUCUUUAUGGGGAUUGGAUUAUGCCAUUGACGAAAGAAGUACAGGUUGAGUAUUUGUUGAGAAGAUUAGAUUGAAUGAUUGAAUGAAUGUGUAUGAAUUGUGUUUUUUUUUCAAAGAUAUAUGAAACUUUUUAACACGAUUUGGUAGAAA